CAUGACCAGUUCUGGAAAAUGCGGAAUGUAUUAAUUUUGGUUUCACACUGAAUGUCAAAAUUGGUAACUUAGCUUCCUCUUCUGACCUCCAAAAUCGCGUGUACCGGUUUGUGAUUGCUCUUGUUAGUUGACUUAUUAAGAAAAAAUGAGCUCGGCAUUAAAUAAAAAAGUACUAAAUGAAAUAGCAUUUAGUUUCAAGCUUGCGGAGGGACGCAAACCAGAGCAGACUAAGUCGAUUCGAGCACCAGCCCAUCUUCAAUAUAAGUUUUCCGUUCAAAAUGAAGCUAGGUCAGUUGGUCAGAAGAGUUUAGGAAAUUCUCAAGACUUUAGUAAAAUGCUUUCCAAAGCGAAGUUGGAGCCCAACAUGCUAAAGAAGCGAGCCAGAGAGCCGGAGUUAACAAAUCCAGUUCAAACCAAGAAAGUAAAGCAGGACAAAUUAAACAGCAUUGAACCUGAACCAAAAACGAAAACAAAGCAAACUCCUCUUCAAAGUGUAGCUGUUGGAAGGGACCCGCAGCCAACAAAGCAGACAAAGACUUUCCCACCAAUACAGGCCAAAAAAAUAAAACAAGGCGCAUUAAAGGACACUCAACCUGAUCGAAAAACGGAAAAAGAAAAGGUUUAUCCGAAUGUACCUGUUGCACAAGUUAAGCCAAAAUCGUCCAAAGUCAGUAAGACUGUUCACAGAAAUGAGCCGGGCGCAUUGAAACGGCCAUCGACUUCGCCACCAUUACCGGUCCAGAAAAUAAAGCAAGACGAACCUCAUCCAAAAGGGAAGACAAAACAAAAGCGUCAAUUAAAUGUCCCUGAUGGAAAAGAUAAGAAAAAGUCGACUAAGGCCAAGAAGAAUGUUAACACAAAGAACAAUUUUGUACCAACCGCGAAGGAUUUCUCCGGUCCAAGAACAGAUGCGGAUUUUUGUUGUUUGGAAGAAGUUGAAGAUGGCUCACCAUAUGGGGAGGAUUCGGAUCCCCUGUUUUCUGAUGAUUCGUACAGCUUAGAUUCAGAUUCAAUCGUUUCGCAUGAUGAAAACGUAAUGGAGUUAGGGGACGAACAAUCAGAUAGUUCGGGCAUUAUGUCUGACGAACAAUUUCCAGAAAUAUGUGUGAUAGAUGCUACUGGUCAAUGUGAAAGCGUCGCCCAACUAGAGUUACUUAGCCCAGUUACAAACGAAUUGGGAGCUUGCGACGAUUGGCUGCAUAUACCAGAUCAGUCAUCAGAGUAUAUUGUUAAUCAUAUACCUAUUGUAACUGAAACCGAAGGUGAGGAUGUCCAAGCUGAACAAUCUGAUGCAUCAAGUGACAUUUCUAUGGAGGACGACGCAUCGGUAGAGGAUCUAAAUAUCAAUGAAAGCCCUAGCUCAACCUUAACCAAGGAUUUAACAUCAUCAGAGUAUAUUGUUAAUCAUAUACCUAUUGUUGCUGAAACCGAGACUGAGGAUGUCCAAGCUGAACAAUCUGCCGCAUCAAGUGAGAUUUCUAUGGAGGAUGACGCAUCGGCAGAGGAUCUAAAUAUCAAGGAAACCUGUGAGGAUUUCACAUAUCCGGCAAGUGGUCCAACCAUUGAGAAUGCCAUUGUAACAAUCAGCGAAAAUCCAGCGGAUCUUCAGUUAAGCGGUUUGUUCGAGAACAGUCCAAAAGCAAAUCUUGUUUUGGCGGCUAUAAAAUACGACUUGGAGAUAUAUGGCUCAGUUGUAGUGACGCUAUUGGCAGGAAAUAUCGAAGUGAACGGCUUUAAGCUAAGAAAACUCUUGCCAGAGACAAUUUAUUCUCCAAAGGGAUUUAGUAAGGUGGUACUUUCUCCUAUUCCUCGAAAGAAAACUGGUAAAGGCGAUAUAAAUUUGGAUCAGCUCCACGACUCGUUCUCUAAAGCGCAAAUUGGUAAUAUAUUGAGCAAUUAUGAUGAAAAGACAGACGCGCUCGUUCUGUUGCAGCGAAAUAGUGGUGCCCAGAAAAUGAUGAAUAUUUUUUCAAAACACAUUGCUGAGAAUUUAUUUCCACAUUUAAACAUCUUGUCUUCAUCUCGACCAAUUGGCGCCAGCGAGUAUUUGCUUCAUUGCCUAAUACAAAUCGCUGCUAAAGAUGGAGGCUUGCAGGUGCCAGCGCAAUGGAAAAAACUAGCGCUAAAAAAUAAUAGCCGAAUGAUGAUAACUGGCGGAAAAUCCGUGGGUAAAUCAACGUUACUUAGGUAUGUGUUGAAUCGUCAUUUGACACAGUUUCCUCGCAUUCUUCUAAUCGAUUUGGACAUUGGACAGCCUGAAAUAUUUGUUUCGGAGACAGUAUCAUGCACAAUAAUUGAUAAGCCACUAUUGGGACCAGGAUUUUUCUUAAAUAAACAGCCAGACAGAGCCUUCGCUGUAGGGCAUAUAAACAUUGUAAUGUGUGCCAAACAAUACCUCCGAGCGGUUAGCCAAUUGUUGGAAUAUUGCCAAAAGAACGCCCACUUUGCUGGAAUACCUUGGCUAAUCAAUACUAUGGGCUAUAACAGGGGCUUCGGCUUGGAACUGAUGAGUUUGUUAAUUAACCAUGUUAAACCCAGUGAUGUGGUGCAAAUUGAAAGCUCAAAAAUUAUAAAUAAUUUCGAUAGUCUGCUGGAUUGGCAAACAGUGUCCAAUGUAAAGCGUAUUAUCUUCAGUACCGACGAAUUCAGUACUACUGCUGUGCCUAAAUAUAAUCUACACCAUCUUCACAGUGCCGUUCCGAGUAAGGAAGAAUCCAACUCAAAGGCUAGGAAUAUGAGCGCACAGGAUGUGCGCUAUGCCAACUUAUUAGUACGUCUGAGUGCUGCCCUCAAAGGCAAUGCCGAAUGCCUUACGAACUGCACACCGUGGAGUGUACCUUUGGAUGAUAUAAAAAUCCAGCAUUUGACAUCUGGUGAAUAUUCCCGAAGUGAGAUUAUAUAUGGCAUGGAGGCGAAUAUAGUUUUUCUGUGCAUCAAACGUAAGGAAAAGAAUGAGUUGGCGCCGGAGUGUAUAGGCAUCGGCGUGGUGCGUGCCAUUGACUAUGAGAAGAACAGAUUAUAUUUAAUCCCAGCCAUGCCGAUUGGACGUUUAGCUGAUAUAAAUUCCUUAGUCCUGGGUGGCGAUGUGACCCUACCUCAGAGCUUCUUUAAGGAUCAAGGACCCGAUGUGGCGAACAGUGUUCCGUUUGUUUCUAUAAUGGACGACUCGAAGUCGUCGAAAAGCAUUAAACAAAUAUACUUCCGUCGCCAUUGAUCUGCACUGAUCAUCAGGCUAGCAUAAAA